AAUAGCGGAAUGGCUGGAGAUAAAGCCUUCGGGUGUUUGCAUUUUUCUUCUUGCUUUAUUGUUUUUGGAUUUUUGAAGGAGGCUUUUGUUGGUCGCAGUAGGGAAGAUGCGCAUCAUCAGUCACAGGUUCAGAAAACAACGAAGACGCGCUACGCAGACAUGGCAUUGAAGCAGGCCGGAACACGCUUAGAGGAGAAUACUGGAGUGAUUUAAUGAUAUCAACACCCGCUCCUUCUGGCAAUUGCCCGCGUGAAGCGCAAAUCGCCUCUCAAUCCGCUCCCCACAUCUGGGCGUAAAUGCAUGCUACCGUCUUCAAAUCCAUCAUCCCUCUUCCUUCCCGCUUCCUUUAACCCCCUCUCCCAACCCUACAUGCCCUACCUAACACUCUCCCCAUCUAUCCCUACCCUCCGUACCAAUCCAUCGUUGUUAUCCUUUACCCUCACCUUUAUCACCACUCUUAGCUCCCUCACCAGCCUCCGCACUGGUUUCCACGGUAGCUUUGUCAGUCGGUAUUGGCACUGGUCCUGCCCCUGCUACUGGGUGCCAGUACCUUUUUCAGCUUCUUCCUUCAUCUUCUGCUUCUCGGCGGCCUCGGCCUUGGCCUUUCUCUCCUCCUCGUGUAUUUUCUUCUUCUCAGCCUCCCACUGGUCCUUUUCCAUCUUGCUUUUCAACAGCCUCAUUGAUUUCUCCAGCUGCUCUUCUUGCUUACCACUGAGUUUUUGGCCGACGGAUUCGUGCUUUGGGGGAGGCUUGUUCUCCAUUUGGUGGAUGACAGGAGGAAAUGAUCUAUAAUGUGUUAUGUGGUGGUGGUGGUGGUGGUGGUGGUGGUGGUGGUCUUGAUAUUAUUUGAGUAUGCGUGGGCUUCAUCGACUGACCCGCUGACCUGCUGUUGG